ACUCCGUGUUCCUCCACUUAGAUCUGAAAGAGAAGCUCGAAAACCCUAAUCGAGCUUUUCAGAUCUACAUUUACUUACCGUUGUUUUUCUAAGCUUUCGUUUGCUUCGUUGUACUUGUUUCUUCCUCUCCGGCGACGAUAUGGCGAAAGGUGAAGGUCCCGCCAUCGGUAUCGAUCUGGGAACUACUUACUCCUGCGUCGGAGUAUGGCAGCACGACAGGGUCGAGAUCAUCGCCAAUGAUCAGGGUAACAGGACGACUCCGUCCUAUGUUGCCUUCACUGAUACCGAGCGUUUGAUCGGCGAUGCCGCAAAGAAUCAGGUCGCCAUGAACCCCAUCAACACCGUCUUUGACGCAAAGAGGUUGAUUGGGCGGAGAUUCACCGAUGAGUCUGUUAAGAGUGACAUGAAGCUAUGGCCUUUCAAGUUGGUCCCCGGUGCCGGAGACAAGCCCAUGAUUGUUGUCACCUACAAGGGCGAGGAGAAGACCUUUGCCGCUGAGGAGAUUUCUUCCAUGGUGCUCAUCAAGAUGCGUGAGAUUGCAGAGGCCUAUCUUGGCACCACCAUUAAGAAUGCUGUUGUGACAGUUCCAGCUUACUUCAACGAUUCCCAGAGGCAGGCCACCAAGGAUGCCGGAGUUAUUGCUGGUCUCAAUGUUAUGAGAAUCAUCAAUGAGCCUACCGCUGCUGCCAUUGCUUAUGGUCUUGACAAGAAGGCCACAAGUGUUGGGGAGAAGAAUGUGUUGAUCUUUGACCUUGGAGGUGGUACUUUUGAUGUUUCCCUCUUGACAAUUGAAGAGGGUAUCUUUGAAGUGAAGGCAACAGCUGGAGACACUCACCUUGGUGGUGAAGAUUUUGACAACAGAUUGGUGAACCAUUUCGUUCAGGAGUUCAAGAGGAAGAACAAGAAGGAUAUCAGUGGAAACCCCAGAUCACUCAGGAGGUUGAGGACUGCUUGUGAAAGAGCGAAGAGGACCCUCUCAUCCACCGCCCAGACCACCAUCGAGAUUGAUUCACUCUAUGAGGGUAUUGAUUUCUACUCCACCAUCACCCGUGCCAGAUUUGAGGAGCUCAACAUGGAUCUCUUCAGGAAGUGCAUGGAGCCAGUGGAGAAGUGUUUAAGGGAUGCUAAGAUGGACAAGAGCACUGUCCAUGAUGUUGUCCUCGUCGGUGGAUCCACCAGGAUUCCCAAGGUGCAACAGCUGCUCCAGGACUUCUUCAACGGCAAGGAGCUUUGCAAGAGCAUCAACCCUGAUGAGGCAGUUGCUUAUGGUGCUGCAGUCCAAGCUGCUAUCUUGAGUGGUGAAGGCAACGAGAAGGUUCAGGAUCUUCUUCUGUUGGAUGUUACUCCUCUGUCCCUUGGUCUUGAGACCGCUGGGGGUGUCAUGACUGUCUUGAUUCAAAGGAACACCACCAUUCCCACCAAGAAGGAGCAGGUCUUCUCCACCUACUCAGACAACCAGCCUGGUGUGCUUAUCCAAGUGUACGAGGGUGAGAGGGCCAGGACCAAGGACAACAACUUGCUUGGCAAGUUUGAGUUGUCUGGCAUCCCACCAGCACCAAGAGGAGUACCACAGAUCAAUGUGUGCUUCGACAUUGAUGCCAAUGGUAUCCUCAAUGUCUCUGCCGAGGACAAGACCACCGGACAGAAGAACAAGAUCACCAUCACCAACGACAAGGGUAGGUUGUCCAAGGACGAGAUUGAGAAGAUGGUCCAGGAGGCUGAGAAGUACAAGUCUGAGGAUGAGGAGCACAAGAAGAAGGUUGAGGCCAAGAAUGCAGUGGAGAACUACGCCUACAACAUGAGGAACACCAUUAAGGAUGAGAAGAUUGCUGAGAAGCUGGAUGCAGCUGACAAGAACAAGAUUGAGGAUGCCAUCGAGAAGGCCAUCCAGUGGCUGGACAACAACCAGCUCGGUGAGGCUGACGAGUUCGAGGACAAGUUGAAGGAGCUUGAAGGCAUUUGCAAUCCCAUCAUCGCCAAGAUGUACUCCGCAGGUGGCGGCCCUGGCAUGCCUGGUGGUGGCAUGGAUGAGGAUGAUGUUCCUCCUUCAGGUGGCAGCGGUGCUGGUCCCAAGAUCGAGGAGGUGGACUAAGUUCUCUGGCUAGAUUCUUUCUCAUGCCUGGGGUUUUUACAAUUAUGAGUUGUUGAAUUUGGAUUUUGUUUUGCUUUUUGCAUUUGGAUAUUGCUGGGGGAGGGUUAAGCGAUUGCAAGCUGGUUAGCUUGCUUAUUUUGAACUGCAAAAGGGAGGUUAAACCUAGUAACCAAAGGGCCUGUAGCCGAAGUCUACAUCACAGGAUGGAAACUCGAGUUCAGAUGUGGGCAAUCGUUUCUAGUUCUUCACUGAAACAAGGAAGAGAAAAAAUGGCUGGUUACUUCAAAAUGUCAAUGGAGGCCAUCUACCAAACCAGCAUAUUCAAUGGGGUAGAGGACAUCAUCGAUCAGACUGCAGAGCACUGUGCUGAUACCCUCUAGAGGAAUCUAGUUAGGGACUCUAUUCCUUUGAUUAGCAGUUAAGUUUUGCAAUAUGUUCUCUUCUUGCCCUGCACAUAUUCUAUCUAUACAUAAAUAUCUUCGCGAUGAUAUUCUUUCUGGUGCCACAACUACAUACCCUGCAAACAUAUUGAUACAGCAGCUGUAUGGGAACAGACAAAUCAAUGAUGCAGCAGAAAUCAAUCACUGAUCUCCAGUCAUCUUUUCAUUCUUCCCUUAGUGUGCAAUGAAUACGCCCCUCAUAAAUAUAACAAUCAAACCAGAACUAAAAUUUCCCACCAAGAACCAAAACAUGGAAGAGUGUCAGGUAUAUCAUCAACCUACAGACUGGAACCCAAGAACUAGAACAAAAGUAAAACAGGAAGAAAAAAAAUGGCAAUACAGAAGAAUAUGCUAAAACAAAAGUGCACCAAGUAACCAUUUGCGCGGCUUUUCCUUGACAGGUCAGUAAACAGACGUAUAUCCCAUCCGAAACAUUCUAUGUCUCCUUCAAGUCGAUGAAUGAUCGCUCGCUCAAAGGAGAAGGGCGGAGACACACACGGACUUCAUGCUCCUCUGGUCCUUCCCGGUGUUUCGGCACAAUAAUCUCCAGAAUGGUUCCAGUCUCGUCCCGAUAGGCUUCCAGUUUAGCAUCUUCAGGGAUGCAGUUUGGCAGGGGAAUCUCCCUAACAAACUCCCCUGGUGGGCAGUGCUCCGGAGUUGCAUCUGUUAGUUUAAAUGUCCUAUCAUGCCUUUUAAUAAACGGCAUUCGAGCAGUACUUACACAAGAUAUUUUCACUAUUCCAUGACUGUUGGUGUUCCUCCAGGUGACUUUCACCCUUUCCAGAUCUGCAAAUGGCAAGCUGACGAUGAUCAGGAAUGCUUCUUCAUCUUCGUAUAUGGUUUUCGCUGCUGUAACGGGCCCAUAAACAUUUUUCAUCACCCCACCGAAGUCAUUGAGCCAUGCUGGAUCAGAUGGAUGGAUGUUCAUGUCUACUAUCUCAACAUGAGAAUUGUUAUUACGGAGACAAUCAUCCUCGUUUGCCUGAGGAGAAUACGCCUUCUUCCUUUUAUUGUGGGAAAAAGGAGAAUAGUCCAUGACUUCACCACUACUACUACUACUAUGGUCAGUAGACUGAGUAGAAAGAUUCAAACCAGUACCAUUAAGCAAUUUCCUCGGAUGAAAAUUGCCAUUGAUCUUCAAUGGCAGAGGAGGGCGUUCGAGCUCAAAUUCUGUGGUUGGCAGGGUCCUCCAACAGCUAAAAUCACUUGCUUCAGGAGGGAUGCAGAAAUUUACAUCACGACCUGUGAGUUCUACCCACCUCUUCUUCUCUUCCUCUUCGAGAUUCACGAGGUUUGGUGUGUGAACAACUUCAAUACCAUGAAGGCACUGUGGGUUAGAAAGACCCCUGUAAUGCUUCCUUUGCAUCCUGUGAGACCGGACAAAGCCCCUGUCAACGCUGAAUGGGAAUGGGCGCUCACCUUGACGCGAGUGCCCAUUCAUGUAACUCCUCAGUUGCAUCUUACCCAACGCAUUGUCAGGCUUCUCCUUGAAAACCCACAUGUACAUAUUCUCCAUAUCGUGCUGCACCAAGAAUGCGUCGAGGUGCAGAUCCGUUUUUUCAUACCCAGAGAUACCAUUGCUAUCCUUCACUAUCUUGGACUUCGACUUCUCACUCAAAACCGGCUUGAAAUAGAAGGUAAAGAAGAACCAAGCACCCCAAAUGCUGUCGAGCCUCUUUGCACAUUUCUUUGAAGCUUUAGGCACACUGACUGUUGUCUCCACUUCGUAAACUGGAGGAGCAUGACCCAAAUCUAAGAUGUCACAUGUGUCAUUCCAAUUCAGAAGAGAAGGUGAGGGUGGCUCAGAUGACACUGGAAGGUUGAUGUCAGGUGGCCUGGAGAGUAUCAAUGGCCGAUUCAUCUCUCUCUCCAAUUCAUCGUGCAUUAAGGAACCAGAAUCCAUUGACAAAAGCGUAGAAGGGUGAUAAUUCUCCAUUGAUAAUGCCGUUAUGAGAGCUUCCGCCAUAUUUUCUUUUUCUUCUCUACUUUCUACUUUCCUAAUGAGAGUUCUGAUUUUCACAAUCACUUGCCCAGCCCACGAUCAGUCAACAAAACCAAACAAGCAACUUAUCAACCUCUUCAUGAUUUCAACUGCCCACGAUCUUCCCAGUCGGUAGAACACCAAAGUUCAUGAUGAAUUCAAGGACCAGAAGAAAACGGCAUCGUCAAGUACAUCAGUAACCUGGACAGGACGAUGCCAAAUAGAAAUCGAGAUCAGAUAAACAAUCCACAAAUUCAUUAACCCAAAAGCUAAAGAUU